CAAAGCAAUUCGCAUCUGCAGACGGGAGAGAUUGUUUGAUUUUCCUCUAGCAUAGCCCGAUGGCUUUCCAGGUCAGCACACAUCCGACCCCGGUGCUCUCUGAGACACAAUUUGAAAACAAACCAGCUCUUCUAUGCAUCAGCUCAACUGUCACGAUUAAUAUCGUGGAGGCGGUGCUUUCACGCGCAUUGUCAUCUUGAGAGCUAUGGAUGUCUCGGACAAGCAUUGCAAUGAAGCGGUUCAGCUAAUCCUACUGUGGCCAUCGUAGCUGAACGAGAUGUGCAGUAUUUGUGACGAAUCGCCUCGCAUACGUUUAUGCAGGCAUUCAUGACGUGGGAUAUGCCUCAAACGACGUCGUCGACAGGUCCCGAAGAAAAUUCAUAUUUGUCUUGACAUGGAACCACGAAUGGAGACACGGCCGCUCAUCAGAUCAAUCUGGCCGCUUCAAAACGAUCUACAACAUGCUGCUCGCACUCCUCGCCUUUAUGCCAUUCGACGUGGCCCACGCCAUUCCUCAGCAACCCUCAUCUGGCUGCAUCGACUUCGAAGUCCCACUGAAGUUUGAAGCUCAGUCCUUAGAGCCAAGCUUCCCUCCCUUCGAGAUCCAUUAUCAAGCGGUGGAUUUUCUGGUCAAUGCCACUUCUCGCGAUCCACGAGCUCGGCAAGCACUGGUCAAGGGCAUUAACUCGAACGUACAAGUCGAAGUCACGAUUGCCGCCAAGUACUGCCCGCCAAAAGGCCUGGCAAAGAAUGUGACCCAGAUUCUCACUCAUGGUGUUGGAUUUGAUCAGAGGGAUCUACCAGCUCUUAAGCACAUCACACCUUCUCAGAAGAUUGUACACGUUGAACAUUCUUUUGGAACCAUUAUUGCCAAUCUGCUGGUCGUUCAAUAUCCAAAGAUCUCCGAUGGCCUGGUUCAGACUGGAUUCUCCAAGAAUGCGUCAUCACAUCUACUGAUCGCUGCCAAUGCCCACCUUGCAAGAGCAGUCCUCCCAGGUUGGAGCAAGCUCAGUUCCAGCGCUGGAUAUCUGACGUGGGGUGAUGAGUUGGCAAAUCAGUACAACUUCUUCCACUACGGCGCUUUCGUCCCAGAAGUUCUAGCCGAGUCGGAGAAGAUCAAGCAACCUACCGGCGUAGGCGAAAUUCUGACCAUUGGAUCAUGGGAAGCCAAGGAUUUCUCUGCGCCGGUCCUGGUGUUCGCAGGCGAGUACGACCAGGCCGCUUGCGAGUCAUACUGCACGACCACCUUUUUUGAUGAUGAGACAGCGCCUUUGUUCCCUGCUGCAAAGCCCUUCGACAUUUAUGUCCAGCCUGAUGCUGGACAUGGAAUGAACCUGCAUCACAAUGCUACUGGCGCAUACAAGGUCAUUCAGGACUGCAUCGAGAAGAACAUUUGAGCACAUCCUUCCUACCAUUCUCAUUUUCGUGUAGCUUCUGACAAGACAGGCAUUGAGCAUGAUGAAAUUUAAUUUUGGAGUAGAAUCAUUUAGGUUUGAGCUUCGUAGACUUAGAAUAUGUAAUCAAAACCAUGUGAUAAAU